CCAGGCUGGCGGCGUAAGACGGGCUGUGGAUGGUUACGGCGGACACCGGCGUGAGCCAUGGCCGACGGGGGGAAGGAGAGAAGGAGAGCGAGCGUGAGUCGCAGCGUCUCUUUUAAAAGUUUGGAGUCGUGGAGCGCCAACAGGAGCAGAGGAGAGCAACGUAAAUCAAAGGACUCGGAGGCUGCCGGUGGCGGCGGCGGUGGCGGUGGCGGCGGUGGCGGCUUCGCCCUCCCCCCUCCGCCUCCCUCUGCCCCGUCUGCUGGGACGCCGAAUGUCAGUGUGUCGAGAAAAGUCUCCAAAAUCUCCACCACCACCUCCUCCUCCUCCUCUCCCUCCUCCUCCUCCUCCUCCUCCUUCGCCGGCCUCCCGACCGCAGAUGCGAAGAGAGGCUCCUCCGCUCCUCUCUCGAUAGCUCCCUCCAUCCGCCAGCUCACCGAGCGGUUCAGCAGCACUUUACCCCGGGCCAAAAGCGCCAGGAGAGACCGCUCACCUCCCGCCAAACCGCCGCAUCGGGACGGAUUUGGCCGACACGUCGACGUGUCGGCGCCGCCGUCCGAUCGCGCCUCUCAAGGACAGAAGUUUCACUCCGGCACCGACUCCGUCUCCGGGUCGGACUCGGAAAGGAAGACGAAAAAAUGGACGCAUUCGCGCCUGUCCGCCGCCGACGGCAGCAGCAGCAGUUCGUGUGGUAAGAGAGAUUAUUCCCACGUUAACGCAUGUUCCGCCGAGCGCAGGAAGACUUGGGCCACAGACGAGGAGGAAGAUGUUUCUCUUAGCGGGGGGUCUCCUCCAGCCUGCAAGACUCACCGGAGUUAUUUAUCAGCGCAACACUGUGAUUAUAUACCAAUUCACGCAGACAGCUGGCCCAGCGUCACCAAGAUAAAGGAGAUUUUCAGCGAGAGACAGAGCAGAGCUGCACAACGCUGCAAGGCAACUCAUGAUGCUUACGAGGACUUGAAAACGUCCUGCGGCGGCCAGCUCUGCGGCCCUACGGACGGCGUCUCUCGUUUGGACAAAGCCAAUAAGGAGUCGUCUUGCAGCUCUGCUCGUGAAGCCAAAGCCAGCGCUGUGCCAGAGAAACGCCACCACAUAGGCAGAGUCAGCAACAGCACGACAGAGGGCAGAGAAAACAGACCUCAACAAGGUGACUCCAAAACUAUCCACCCGCGGUAUUCAACUGAUGGGUCAGUCAUAGAGACGCUCAGCGGUAAUAACAUUAAAACAGCCUGCAAGACUAGUUUUAAAAGUGACCUCAGUAGCGGUAGCCGCUAUCUCAGAAUUAACCAGUCUCAAAAUAGAGCUCCGAGUCCUAGCAGUGGAGGAGAAGUUGGCUGUGUGAACCACCACUCUGCUUUCAAAACUACUGGGCUGACUUCUUACCCUGACCCUGACCUUCAACCCCCUGCCCCUCCUCUUUUGAGCUGCUCAGAGAGCCUAGCCACCUCUGAGUUCUCCUCUCUACAACAACUGAGAGAAAGGGAGAGAAGGGAGAGACAGGGGGUCGGGCUGCCCAGGGAUAGUUUACAUUCUUCACAUAGCUCGACCAGAGCGCAGGCCCCCUCCUCCCCCCUCUCCACUUCAGCCCCAGAUAAGGCCAAUACCUCCUCUACUGCAGCUCCCUGCCCUGAGCCGAGAGCUCCAGUCAGAAUUGCCUCUUCAAUUAGGUCCCGCUGGAGAUUUAGCUCCGGAGACGAAGAAGAGGAGCACGCCAGGAGAGGGAGGGGAGGAAGUAAAGGAGCCGGUACGAGCUGGAGUGCUCCUGCUCCUUCCUCCUCCCUCAGAGGAGGGGAGAGGGUUAUCACAGAGCGGGGAGGAAGCUAUAUCUCCCGUUGUAAGAAUGGCUGGUGGGGUCGCAAGGGCAUUGGCAGGUCUUCAGGCAGUGAAGAGGACAGCCCUGGCUCCCUAGGUUCUCCAGGUCGAGACCCAGUGCGCCGGCGCUCGCUGAGAAAGAAGAAAAAAGUUUUCGGAGCGGCCCUCGUGUCAGGACGCGUUGAUGACGAUGAUCAUGAUGGCGAAUCAGAAGACAGUGACAGCGACACAGGAGUGACAAUGGAGCACUUGGAGAGGCACCACGAGCAAAACGCAGGAGGAGAAUUUUCCGGAACUGCAUUGCGUAACCGUUCUACACGAGAAAUCGCCACGGAUAACCCCAGGAGCCGGGCACAACAGUGGGAGCAUGUGUCCUCGCCAGUGACCGCCACAUCUCUUUCUGGGGUCUCGCGUGUCUCAAAGGUCAACAUUCCCUCAUUUAUUUCCAGCCCAGGUGGCUCACGAUGUAGCAGCCGAUAUUCUAGCACUGAGACACUCAAGGAGGAGGACCAGGCUAGCUGUUCUAACCAAGCGGCUAACGUGUUACUUAAUACAGAGGCUGCUGCAGGCAGCUUCAGCAGAGCUGUCAAUUCCAACGUGGCAUCCUCAUCUACACUUAGUAAAACGUACCAUGGGAACUUUACCAUGUACCGAUCCCCUAGCUUUGGGCAUGGGGAUAACUUCUCCCGUGGCCCCGUGAGGGUUCGCCCCCAGAUUGUACCUACAGUCACUCCCUCUCCCACAAUACUCCCCAAGGAAAGGGUGGUGUCUGCAGGAGUUGGAAAAACAGAUUCCAGGAUGUCCAAAAAGACAUUUGACAGGGGUGAAAUUGAUGACAGAGAUAGGUCCCGAAUUUCAAUGUCCAACCCUGAUAUUGCCACAGAAACUAUGACGCUACUCAGUUUCCUGAAAACGGACCUGUCAGAGCUCAGGGUACGAAAAACCAGUGGGGGGGAUCGGUCCGGGGUUGUAGAGGGCCCAUCAGUAUACAAGAUGGGGUCACGGUGUCACGGUGGAGCCCUCCUCCAUUCAGGGCAACGGCCAUCACUUAAAGACCUAACCGCCACCCUCCGCCGAGCCAAGUCGUUCACUUACUCUGACAAACCCACCUCGGCAGUGAGAUGUUUUUCGACGGGCGGCGCCACCAAAAGGAGCUCAUCAGAACAGCAGCUCGGCAUAGAGAAAGAGAGAGAUGUAGGGAGGGUGUCAUUAUCAGACAGGGAAGUGGAGAGUGAUGGGGGUGACUUCAGGGUUGGAAGACGAAGACAAGCAAGAGAUUAUGAAUAUGAUAAUGAGGAAGAGAUGAUGCCAACUCCAUUGCAGGACAGGUAUGUGCAGGAAGCCAGGAAGGUCAUACAAGAUAUCUGCCAAAUGAGUGCUAGGGAGGAUGAUGAUGAUGAUGAUAAUGUACCAGAAGUGGAGGACGGUGGAGAGAGUGAGUUUUUUCGAGUCAAACAAACAAAGGAGGAACAGACUGAGAGAGAGGGAGCGAGCACUAAGGGUGAGGUAAGGAGAGACAAGAAAGAGGCUGAGUUUGAGAGCACAAGGGAUAAAAGAGAGAGAGAAAGAGAGAACAGUGAGCGAGCGAGGGGCAGAGAAGGCGUGCGAGUAGAGAAGCAGGAGAGCGGGGACUCAGAGUGCAGGAGAAAAGAGGAGAGAGCGAGCAGGGGGAGAGACCAAGCUUUACAUAAGGGGGAUUCGGAGGAGAGCAUGCUCUACGAUCGCUCAGUAGAUGAGCUAUCGGGCCAUGAAUCCAGUUUAACAGAUGAGGGAAUUGUGACAGAGCCAGAGACGGGCCCCGGAUACCCCUCUGAGAAGUCCUUUGUGGGAUCAAUAGGGGAUGAUUUGGGGUCACUGGUGGAGAGGGAUGUUUUAGGGCAACCUGUUACCAUAUGGAAGCAAUCGUCUCUCCAUGAAGUGGACUGGUUGAAGGGGCAAAAGCAGAAGAUGGAGAGCAGUGGAAGUGAGACGUUUCAACAGAGUCAAACCUGUAUGUCCCAUUCCACUCCCUUUCCUGCCCUCAGGGCUGAGAGCGACAGCAUUGUGAUGGAAGGCAGCAACACUUCCAUUAUCAUCAAUAACAACAUUUCCAAUGAGGGAUUCGACACUAACAACACUUCAUCACAGGUGGCAACAACCACAACGACAGGAGGAGGAGGAGGAGGAGCAGUUGAAGCCCCUGCCACCCCCUGUGCCGCCCGCAGACGCAGAAAAUUUUCCUCUGCCGGUAAUGCUAACACUGGAUCUGACUCAAGCAAUGGCAGUAAUGUAGAUUCAAAUACAUCAGCCACUGGGAAUGGAGAGUCCACAGUUUACCGCUCACUCAGUGAUCCUAUGCCUCAGCGACGCUGCUCAGUGGCUGAUGAAGGCAAUAACAGUUUCUCAUCUGUGGACAGUAAUCUUCUGGGAUCUCUGUCUGUCAAAGGAGGUGGAAGUGCUCCAGAAUCGCCUUCAGUUGCCACCUUGUCCGAAUAUAAGGGUAGCGUGGCCAGCGACCUGUCAGUGUGCAGUGAUGGUGGUCUCCGUGACGAUAGUAUCCGUGACUACAGCGGGGUGAUCAGGAGCAUAGUGGCUGAGCCCGGAGCAAUGGACAGGCUGAUGGCAGAUGACCACAGCAAUGGCAAAGUUCCCAAGAAGAAGUCAUUUAGUGACCCUAGCCGCCGUAGUGACGCCCCUUUACUUUCUCAAAAUAACCCUCCGUGCAAAGGUCACUCUAAAAGCAAUGAACCAAUAAGUGAGCUGGAUCAACCUGGUCAGAUUCUACCUUCAAGCAGUGAGCCAAUCCUGAGUGAGCAGAGGGAGGAAUUGUGGGAGGCAGAGGGCAGUGUGAGAUGUGAAUCUCCAUCACAACUGCAUCACCGUGACCAUGUAAGCAACACCAACAAAGCCAGAAAGCCUCGCUCCCAGUCUGAAUGUGCACUUUCCUCUGGUAGUCGAGAUGAUGAAGACGAUGAUGCACUAGAUGAAGGAGGAGAAGGGAGAGAGGACGGAGGACAAAAAUUUAAUUUUGAUCUCAAACUGGUUGAGGUUUUGUCCCCAAGAAUGGGUCGUCGGACAACCAGGAAGCGCCCAAAUCGACUAGCCCAGUUCUGUCCUAGCGAUGACCUCUUUGAGCCCUCAGGAAAAGGUCUUGAAAAGCAGGAGGAACAUGAUGACCAGGGUGACCUCACCCCUCCUCUCCCUCCCCCUUCCCAGCCGCCCAAACCCAAAAGCAGACCGAAGCACGUCCGCCAUGCUAGUGAACCAGCCACCUUCAUUCCAAUCUCGCCACCUCCACACUUCCCACACCUGAAGGUGGGGGGACGCCAAGCUAUCCGACCCACUCCAGAGUCAUGCAUCUCGGGUAAGCCUGCAGGUGAUGAGGCCCCCUCUCUGGAGGAUGUGACCAAGAGAUAUAUCCUGGCUCUGAGUGCUCCUCAGAAGGAAGCUGAGGGCCAUGGGCCUCUGCCAGGGUCUGGAGAUAAGGCUGAAGGGUUCAUGUCAGCACCAGAGGGGCCCAGUGAGACCCGCACCUGUGGAAUUAUGGAAGCCGGGCCACAGAAGAAGAACGCAGAAGAAACUAAAUCCAUUCCUGCCCCGCAAAAGACCAAGCCCAGAGUGGAUAUGAGGAGACAUGUGAUGAUGACCCUCUUGGACACUGAGCAGUCAUACGUAGACUCACUGCGCACCCUCAUCCAGGGCUACAUGCGUCCUCUCAAGCAGGCGGACGGCGGCUCCAUAGUGGACCCGCUGUUGGUCGACGAGAUGUUUUACCAGAUCCCGGAGAUCCUGGAGCACCAUGAGCACUUCCUGGAGCAGGUCACGGGCUGCGUCAGCCAAUGGCACGACAGGCAAAUCGUUGGACACCUCCUCGUCCAGUCGUUCUCAAAAGAGACUCUAGCCAACAUUUAUUCGGCGUACAUUGACAACUUCCUCAACGCCAAAGACGCUGUAAGGAUCGCUAAGGAGGCCAAGCCGGCAUUCCACAAGUUUCUGGAGCAAAGUAUGCGUGAGAAUAAGGAGAAACAGGCUCUGGGGGAUCUGAUGAUCAAGCCGGUCCAGAGGAUUCCUCGAUACGAACUGCUGAUUAAGGACUUGUUGAAACACACUCCAGAGGACCACCCGGACCACCCGUUCCUAUUGGACGCCCAAAGGGAUAUCAAAGGAUUGGCUGAGAAGAUUAACAAGGGACGCCGGUCGGCUGAGGAGGCAGAGAGGGAGGCGAGGGUCAUGCAGGAGAUUGAGGCCCACAUAGAGGGGGUCGAACAUAUCCAGAAUCCCCAGAGGAAGUUCCUGAGACAGGAAAUGGUCAUGGAGGCGAAAACAGUAGGGGGGAAGAAGGACCGUUCUCUCUUCCUCUUCACUGAUCUGCUCAUCUGUACCACGCUCAAGAGGAAGUCAAGCUCCUUGAGACGCAGCUCCAUGAGCCUGUACUCUGCUGCUAGUAUGAUUGAUACUUCCAGUAAAUACAAAUUUCUGUGGAAACUCCCACUUGAGGACGUGGAGAUGGUGAAAAGCUCCUCCCAGGCGACGAACAAGGAGAGUAUCCAGAAGAUGAUCGGUCGACUAGAUGAGGAUCUGAGCACACUGAGUCAGAUCAGUAAACUGUCUGAGACCCUCAGCUUCCCUCACCAGUCCUUAGACGAGGUGAUAAAGGAUCUGAUGGCCUCGGUGCACAGGGAGCUGUCUGACAAGCAGUCUCUGGCCUUCAGCAUGACCUUCCUGCCCACCAAGUUGGAACUGACGACAGCCUCCGCCGAGAACAACUUUGUAUUCGAGUUCAGUACUCCCGACGCUCGCUCCAACUUCGAACAGGCAUUCGAGGAGGCCAAGAAGAAGCUAGCUAUGAACAAGGACCAGUGGGACCCAGAGUUUCUGAAGGCUAUUCCCAUCAUGAAGACACGCAGUGGGAUGCAGUUCUCAUGUGCCUCUCCAAGCCACAGCUCCCCAGACAGUGGCUGUGAGGUGUGGGUCUGUAACAGUGAUGGUUAUGUGGGACAAGUGUGCUUGUUGAAUAUCAAGGAUGAGCCCACAGUGGAAGCCUGCAUUGCUGUCUGCUCCGCAAGGAUAAUUUGUAUUGCUGCUGUUCCAGGGCUAAAGGGAAGGGAACGUGGAGGAGAGUCCGCCAUUGCUCCACCCACUGCUGUGUCCGGCCACGCACACUCCCAGCAGCAGCAGCAGCAGCAGCAGCUCCACAUCUCCAUCUCCCAUUCCUCACUGCAGCUGUCUGAGCACCCGUCAGGAGCACAAGCAGAGCUUGUUCCAUUCGACAGCGAUGACACGGAUGACGAGGACUCUCCCAGCCCCUCCUCCACCUUACAGAGUCAGGCCAGUCACUCCACCAUAUCCUCCAACUAUGGCAAUGAGGAGGGCCCAGGUUCCAAGGACAUGGCUACAGAGACCACCAGCAGUGAGGAGGAGCAGGAGUUCCCAGCUCCCAGCCCCUACAGAGCUGCGGGCAGGUUAGGGGGUGGGGUUGGUGGUCGCACCCAUGCAGAGAGCUCCAUGGACGGGCGUGCCAUGCGACGAUCCUCCCGAGGUUCGUUCACCAGGGCUAGCCUGGAGGACCUGCUCAGCAUCGACCCCGAGGCCUACCAGAGCUCAGUGUGGCUGGGCACAGAGGAUGGAUGUAUCCAUGUGUACCAGUCCUCAGACAACAUCCGUAACCGUAAAAACAGCAUGAAGAUGCAACACACAGCCUCCAUCCUGUGUAUACUAUAUUUGGACAACAAAGUGUUUGUGUCCCUGGCCAAUGGAGAGGUGAUUGUCUAUCAGAGGGAGGCAGGUAGUUUCUGGGAUGCCCAAUCUUCACAGACAUUGGUUCUGGGCACGUCUAGUUGCCCUGUAACCAAAAUGGUCCCAGUGGGAGGAAAGCUUUGGUGUGGAUCACAGAACAGAGUCCUCAUUAUCAACACUAUCACACUGGUACAAGAGCACUGGUUCCAGGUGGGCACGGACAGCAGUCGGUGUGUGACGUGCAUGGUGGCGUACGGGCAGGGCGUGUGGUUGGCGUUGCAGGGCAGUGCACAGGUCAGACUUUACCAUGCUCAGACCUUCGAGAGCCUCACUGAUGUGGAUGUGGCACCCGCUGUGCACAAGAUGCUAGCAGGGUCAGACGCAAUUAUCAGACAGCACAAGGCAGCCUGCCUGAGAAUCACAGCACUGCUGGCCUGUAAGGACCUACUAUGGAUUGGUACAAGCGCAGGGGUGGUCCUUACCUUGGUAAUCCCAGCGGUGACCUCUGGGACUGGAGCAAGCUCGCUGAAAUCUACCCUGGUGCCUAUGGGCUCUGCUCACGGACACACGGGCCACGUUCGUUUCUUAACAUCCAUCGAACUACCAGAGGGCUUUGACGUCAACUUCCCUCCACCAUCCAAUGAUUGCACAGGUACCCACUCGCAGAGCAGCAGCAGCAGCACGGUUGAAGGGGGCAACGAGGGUCUCCAGAGGCGGGACUCCACACGGCGCCGAGCCUCUGCCCACCUGCCCCCCAAAAGCAAUCAGCUAGUCAUCUCUGGAGGCGAUGGCUACGAGGACUUCCGCCUGACCAAUAGCAGUGAAACGGUGGGGCGGGAUGACAGCACCAACCACCUAUUGCUGUGGAGGGUCUGAGACUAUUGACUCGAUUAGAAGGACCAAUCGUAGUCCAACCUGGCCCUCCAUUAGUGGACAACUGCAAGCUCUGCCUCUCUCUCGUCUUCUGCCUCCCCUCCGUCUUUUCGGUCUUGCGCAUGUCUGCUGGUUUCUGUGUGCAAUUCGGGUGUCGACCUCCUUUCGGACAGAGUACGGAAAGUGGUCAGUUUAAAUCAGGUUUCUCAUGUUAGUAUGUGUCUCAUGGUAUGUGCCGUACUUCACUUAGUCAUGUGUGUGCGUGGGUGUUUGAAUUUUUCUGGCAUGAGGUCUAAACUGUUCACCACAAGCGUUGUCCAGUCUGAAGAAACCUACUCAAGCUCCUUUGCCUUUGCCGACGGAGACCUUGAGGCAAAGGCAAGAAAAGAGGACAGGAACGAGUUAUUUGACUUAUUGACAAACUAUCACAUUUGGACUCUUUCGGUGAGAGUGGAAGAAGGGAUAAAAGUAAAGGGAUGGAAGUUGACAGAGUCAGAAGGCAAAGAUGAACUCUUAGGUAUAGUGAUGCAUAGAAAUUUGUUUGGAGGGAUGGGAGAAGGACUGAACUAAAAACAGGACUCUGGUUAAACAGAUGAUUUCCUUUCACAUGCUCUUCUUGUGGACUGGUCGUCGACCCUGUCACCUUAUCUUAGCAUGGAGCUGCGGAGAAAUGGAGAAAAGAAUGAGCACAGCACGCCACACACCAUCACUUCUGCUUAACCUGAAUCACAGACAUUUAACAUUGUGACAGUCGGAAUGAAAAAAAAACAAAAAACGUGAAAAUAUAGUAAUAUAUAUCUGUGAGUGAAACCGUUUUAAAAUGUUCUGACGCAGCUUGCACGUUUUAAAGACCAUUUUGAUGGUGUUUCCGUCGGUGCGGUUGUGGUUUUUGUCAUGUUCGGUUCAGGUGGGCUGGGGAACGUCUACAUGUAGAUGAGCCCAGAGAUUUGCCUGCAAGCUACGAGAGAGGAGAAGCAAGAAGAUGUUCGGAAGAGAGGGAGAGAGAGAGAGAGGAGGGGAGGAGAUGCCUAUUUAACUUAGCCUGGUUGGCCAGCCACGGGUCUGGACAGCGGUCCGCUAACUGCAGAUCUGAGGACAGAUCUUAGCGAAAGAGCCCUUCAAAAAGUCUGGUUCUGAGUCAGUCAGAGUAUCAUUUAAGUGCAAUAUAUGCCAAGGGUACCCAACAAUAAUAAUACAUAUGUAUAAAAUGACACAUUCACGCAUGUAUAACUCACUCAACAAGUUUCACACAAAUAAUCACAAUAAAUCUGUUUAUCUUUAAUUUUGGGGGGGUUAAGAUUCACAUGAAAUGAGAUGAGGCAGUAUUCUUUACCUGGAUUUUUAAAAAAAACCGCACAUCUUAGAGGCUUUUUUUUCCUUCAAGAUACCAUUUAUGCCAAAGCCUUGCUUGUGUUUAUGUUCCAACAUUGAGAGAUAAACAGUUCUUCUCUUGUUGCCAAGCAGACACAACUCUCACUGACUGGUUUUCUGGUUGUUGCUUUUUAUUUUGUUUUGUUUUUGACUCUGGCAGGAAGGAAUUUGGGAACUAUUGCUGAAAUGAAUGGCAAAUACACUUAAAAGGCGCUGGGCUGUAGUGGUAAAUAAAGAAAGAUCCUUAAUGUACAGUAUUUAUGGUUUUGAUUUUAGCGUUUCUUCUUACGGCACUUAAUUUAUAGCAAAGUUAGCAUUCACUAUUUCUUGGUGGUUGAGACAGAUAAGGCGCAGACUUAAAACCACAGACAAAGACGGAGCGGGGACGGACGGACAGACACACAUGCGUGAGUAGGUCAGGGGGACAGACGCAGAGUUGCCCGCACGUGCCGCUAAAACCUAAUCCGCCGCACGAAUACGCGGGGUGAAAGGUCAGCUCUGCCUCUGUCGCCCAGCAGGUGUCUGUUAAGUGAAGGGUGACUUUAGAUUAUACACACACGCAUACACACGCAUGCUUGCUCUCAGGCUAUGGGGUUAAGCAGUGAUUGUAUUUGAUCCUCCCCAGCCCAGAAAACCUCUGACUGUACCUUCCCAACCAUCUGGACACGUCACCUGUGCUUCCUCUCCUCUAGAGGUUAACUAGCGCUGGGCUAACUGGCCCCCCUGUGGCCAAACGAGGGAAGCUAACGGCUAACUGGCCCCCCUGUGGCCAAACGAGGGAAUCUAACGGCUAACUGGCCCCCCUGUGGCCAAACGAGGGAAGCUAACGGCUAACUGGCCCCCCUGUGGCCAAACGAGGGAAGCUAACGGCUAACUGGCCCACUGACCAAACGAGGGAAGCUAACGGCUAACUGGCCCACUGACCAAACGAGGGAAGCUAACGGCUAUCUGGCCCACUGUGACCAAAGGAAGGAAGCUAACAGCUAAUAGGAUUUGCUGAGCGUCUUCCCAGCUGCCUGCCGCUAACCGGUUUAGCCAGUGACCCCUGUGCCUCUACACCAGCCUCAUGUCAUGUGUGGAGAGGAGCAGCUUGUUUUUUUGUUUUUUGAGUGUUAUGAUUGAGUGUAAACCGCCAAUACAAUAAAAAGGUAUUUUCUGACCAUGGAGAAUGCAAAAUCGCAACUGGCUAGAUCCCUGUGCAUGAUGGAGAGAGGAUGAGAUGUUUAAGGGAGAUUUUUUUUCUUUCUUUCUUUCAUGUUCCCAGAUGCCGGCAUUGGCUCAGUUGGAAUACUUUCAAAUCAAAAUGAUAAAUUCACCGUAUUUGCUGUAGGGGGACAGGCCAACAGACAGGAUUUAGCUUUUUUUUGUUGGAAAGGUGAAAAGUUGUGGCUCUUGGGUUGAUGGGGUUUUUCUCUUAAGAGUAUUGUUUAUUAUCUUCACCUGUGCAGUGUUUCUGAAACUGUGAAUCGGGCUCCCACAUGGGGUCACGGGCCUCUUGUUUCUGGGCCGUUUCACGAGUCAGGAUUUCUGGGACGAGACAAAAUGGCUGUACGUCCAGUGUCAAAGGUUUAAGCAACCUGUGCUCGGUGGCUCUCCUCGUGUUUCCAGUGUUGGUGAAUAACUACAGAUCCAGCACACCGCUCAUAAGCUGGGGAGCCAUUCGACUUCCAAUGCAGCUUAUUCGGGAAAUGGGUUCUGUCCAAAAUGUGACCUUUGAGUCUCUUUAAAUUCAAAACUGAAGACGUUUCGCCUUAAAGAUGUUGCAACUUUAAGUUAUAUUAAGAUUAGUAAGAAUUGAUCAUUGCACAGUCAGCGAUAGAUAACUGCAGUAAGCAUAGUUGGGUUGUGUUUUGUCUUGAGCACAGUGAAUUGAAGCAAAGUUGAUUCAGCCUCUGAAUACUUCGAACACACGUCAUUCUUGAUAUUAAAAAAAAUCCUCCACACCGAUUUGACCGAUUGGGAUACAUUUAGCACAAUUUUUGCAUGAAAAUGGUGGAUCCCUGCUUCAUAACUAUCACAUGAAACUCACGUUAUCAUCACUGUAACUCUUAGUAACCUGUAAGUAAUCACUAUGCCAGUAUGUGAACGAAGUCUCUUUUUUUGUCGUUGUUGUUGUAAAUAUUGGAAUAUAUUGCCUUUUUUCUGUACAUAGUGCACCCACGGUCCUCAAUUGUUGAUAUGAAUCUAAUGGCAUAUUUUUAUAUACUUGUGUAUGGUUUGUUUUUUUGUUUGUAUUUUUUUUCCCUCUGGCAUGUGCUGUCAGUCACGUUUAAAUUAUAACUGUCACAAAUUAUAACUUUACAGAAAAAGAAAAGCCAAGACGGCCUCCGUAGUGGUCAGAGUAAUUAAGAGUUUUAACAUUGCUGUUUUCUGUGUCAGCCGUGAAAGGGCCACAACUGUGCUCCUUGGCUAUUGCAAAGUAGCUGGUGAUUCAAUGGCCCCGCCGUCUGGGCGUGUAUAACAAUUUUACUAUUGCAACCUCAUAGGGGCCUCUGAUUCUUAGUACAACCAACACUUGCUGGUUCCCUGAGAGGGGACGGCAACAUGGCACCCGAAGCACAACCCCUGGUCAAAACCCUCGUUUAUUACUUGCUCUGUCAUAUCUUGAAGUUGUUCUGGUUGCAGUGCAGUUGGAGUUAUUUCCUGUAUGUAGCUGUUCCUGUUAUGUCACUGUGGGUUCCUCUCUGUAAUUAAAUCAGCUC